GGUGUUCCAAUCCUCUCCAUAUCAUGUGAUUCAGGUGUUCCAAUCCCCUCCAAUCAUGUGAUUCAGGUGUUCCAAUCCCCUCCAUAUCAUGUGAUUCCGGUGUUCCAAUCCCCUCCCAAUCAUGUGAUUCAGGUGUUCCAAUCCCCUCCAUAUCAUGUGAUUCAGGUGUUCCAAUCCCCUCCAUCUCAUGUGAUUCAGGUGUUCCAAUCCCCUCCAUAUCAUGUGAUUCAGGUGUUCCAAUCCCCUCCCAAUCAUGUGAUUCAGGUGUUCCAAUCCCCUCCCAAUCAUGUGAUUCAGGUGUUCCAAGUCCCCUCCAUGGACACAGGUGUACACAAUCAAGCCCCUAGGCAUGCAGACUGCUUCUAUAAACAUUGGGGAAAGAAUGGGUCGCCCUCAGGAGCU